GGCGGGGCUGGACCGGACCGAGCCCAGCUGAGCCGAGCCCGGCUGGGCUGAGAGGGGCCGAGCCGAGCCAAGCGGAGCUGAGCUGAGCUAAGCCCAUCCGAUCCAAUUCAAGCUGAGCUGAGCCGAUCCGAUCCGAUCCAAGCUGAGCUGAGCUGAGCCGAUUCGAUUCAAGCCGAGCUGAGCCGAGCCGAGCUGAGCCGAGCCGCCCCGGGCCCUCCCGCCGCCCGCCCGGCUGUUGACAAGCGGCGGCGGGAGUCAGCGCGCUCGUCCCCAUGUGGCGGACGCUGGCCCUCGCCUCCGCCUUCUUCCCGGGGCUCUUCGUCCUCUGCAUCCGGUUGCUGCGCUGGGCCGCCCCAGGAUGGAGCCUCAAGGACCGCAUCCUGCUCAGCGGCAGGCUGGUGUCAACGGUCCAAGCCACAAUGGCCACGGUGUCAGGGAUCACGGUUAUCCUCAGCUGCAAGAACGUGGUGCAUGACAGGCACUGGCUGGCCGUGGAGUACAUCUGGGUCCUCGUUCCCUACAUGACUUAUGACAUCUAUGUCAUGUACCUCUGCCACUGGCACAAGAGCCUAGAAAAGGGAAUUGCAGAGAAGAAGCACUCGCUGGCCAGUGUGUGGAGCUUCCUCCUGCAGGAGCGGCUGAUGGUGACCCACCACCUCUUCAUCCUCAUCGUGCUCACCCCCAUCACCCAGCACUUCAGGGGAGAGCUGGGGGACUUCUUUGUGGGCUGCAUCUUCACAGCAGAGCUGAGCACACCUUUCGUAUCCCUGGGCAAAAUCCUCAUGCAGCUCAAAAUGCAGGACACGCUCCUUCACAAGGUGAACGGGAUCCUCAUCCUGGUGACCUUCUUCCUCUGCCGCAUCCUCCUCUUCCCCUUCAUGUACGCGGCCUACGGGCGGCAGGUGGGGAUGCCCGUGUACAUGGUGCCUUUCCGCAUCCCGCUGCACUGCAACAUCGCCAACGCCUCCCUCAUCGCCCCCCAAAUCUACUGGUUCAGGCUCAUCUGCCGCAAAGCCGCCCGUCUCUACGGCCGCCCGCCCGCCGACCGGAGCAGAUAACGGCCGGCCCUGCCAGCCCAGCCGGGGGCUGCAACGGGGUCAGCCCCUCCAGGGGCUGAACGGGGUCAGCCCCCCCGGCUCUCCCGCCGUCACUGCAGGGACCAGAGCGGGAGCAGGGAAAGCGCCGGGCCGUCCCAGCUGGAAGCAGCCUCACGUCUCCACCGCUGUGCCAGGCAGCGCCAGCCUGGGCUAGGAAGGCUUUCCUCCCACACCGCUCCAGCGCCUUGUGUCCACCCGCCCGUGGGAGCCCGGGGUGGGAGCUGGAUCAUAAGCACAACAUUCCAUUCUGGGGUUCAACGCCGUGGCACGGAACUAACGGUUACACGAGAGGGGUUUGUUACAACCCCCCCGCUGCAUGUUCCAGGGCUGACACCAGACACCGGCACGGUGGUGUGGAGGAGCCUGCAGACAGAGGAGGGGAUCCUGGAGCAUCCAGCCCUUACAGAAGCAUGGAUGGGGAUGGGGAGCUGUGUGCUGGACCUGCCGCAGCCCCAGCUCGCUCUUCCAGCUCCAGCUCAGCCUCCAGCCGAGAGCAGAGCCAGGCCUGGAGCUGCAGCACAGUUCUGCAGAGCUGUUCCUGACCUUUACCGACUUCACCUCUACACUACAGCCCUGUUCAGCCUCUGACCUCCCAUGUGCACCUCCCGCUGCUGCUGCUGGGCUCAAGCUCAUUUAAAGCUCCACUUAACCCGAAGGUGCUUUUCAUUACAACUGUCUGAUGUCUGUCUGACAGUCCUGAGGCCGGGGCUCCGGUGUUCCCAGCAGGGCUGGAGGGAAGAAGCUCAUGCCAGGACAGGGCAACAGUUGCACUGUCUCACAAACAACACUGGCAGGGCAGGGUGCCCAUGGCUGAAGGGCAGGAUGGGGAUGGGAACCUGCCAAGUAGUCCUCAUCUCUCCAACACACAGGGCACUAUGCAGAGCCCUUUGUUGGCAAAGGAUGCAACUUUCACCCCCUCCUCUAACUACAGCUGCUUUUAUCUGCCCCGCAUCCCCUCAGCAGGUAUUUAAGACCAUCUGACACACCCUGCCUUGCUCUGCCCUCCAGCUGGCACCACCACGCCCUGGCAGCAGCUGUGGUAUAGCCCAAGCUCCGGUUGUAUGGUCCAUCCCUCCAGCCCCAUCCUACUCCCCUACAAGACUGCCAGGGAUGGAACUGGGGCAGCGCAGAAGGAACCAGCAACCCCAGAGCAGGGUGCUGAGCUGGUUUUCCUUCACCAGUUCAGCCCAUUCCCACCUUCAGUCACAGCAAAAUGGGUUUGGGCUGCCUGGCUCACCCUGCACCACAGGGUUCACCAGCCCUGUGGGUGUGUGCAAUCAGACCACAGCAGUUCAGUGCAGUUCAGUACCUUCCCUGCGGCCACCAGCACAAGCCAGGGCAGCCUCCUCCUCCCCACAGCCUCCCGUGCCCGCUCCAGGGCAGGGAACUGCACCAGCCCAGCCCUGGCAUGGUCCUGGCACGGCCCCACACCUGGGAGACCUGUGACCACUCUGUGCCUUUCAUUCUGUCUGAAACCAGCAGCCAAGCUCUGGAAGAUCUGGAUCUUUUGGGUGUUGUAUCUCAUCCCAGUCACGGCUGUUGUUCUGGAUAGAGUAAAAAAAAAAA